CCAAUCUGAGUCAAAAAUUAGAAAAAUCUCACUGACUCAAUCACAACGACCGUCCCGGAUCCUCGUCUUCUUCUUCUUCCCUCUCAUUCCAAAAAAAAAGAAAAGAAAAGAAAAGAAAAACUCUUGAAACACCAAAAGAAGAGAAUGUGUGGAAUAUUCGCGUAUCUGAAUUACCACGCGAACAAAGAGAGGCGACACAUUCUGGAAGUCCUCUUCAAUGGCCUCCGUCGACUCGAGUACCGUGGCUACGAUUCCGCAGGCAUCGCCAUCGACAAUUCCAUCUCUCCUCCUCCCCUCGUGUUUCGUCAGGCUGGCAACAUCGAAUCACUCGUCAAUUCCGUCAACCAAGAGAUUGCGAAUACAGAAUUGAACUUGGAGGAGGUAUUCAGUUUCCACGCGGGGAUUGCACACACGAGGUGGGCUACUCACGGUGAGCCAUCUCGGAACAGUCAUCCCCAGUCCUCUGGUCCUACUCACGACUUCUUGGUUGUUCACAACGGUGUUAUCACCAACUAUCAGGUCCUCAAAGAAACAUUACUCAGGCAUGGAUUUACCUUUGAUUCCGACACUGACACCGAAGUCAUCCCCAAGCUUGCUAAAUUUGUCUUUGACCAAGCUAAUGAAGAUGGUGAACAGACGGUGACCUUCUGUGAAGUUGUGUUUGAAGUGAUGAGACAUCUAGAGGGAGCCUAUGCUCUUAUUUUCAAAAGCUGGCAUUAUCCCAACGAGUUAGUUGCCUGCAAGCGUGGUAGCCCUUUGCUUUUAGGCGUUAAAGAGCUAGAUCAAGAAGACAAGAGCAACAAUCGUUUCAAAGAUGCUCACUUUCUUUCCAAGAACGAACAUCCCAAGGAGUUUUUCCUUUCAAGCGACCCGCACGCUCUUGUUGAGCAUACCAAGAAAGUGCUGGUUAUUGAAGAUGGCGAAGUUGUUCAUCUCAAGGAUGGAGGCGUGUCAAUACUUGAGUUCGAAAGGAGUAAUGGGUCAUCUAGACCUGCUUCGGUGGAACGUGCUUUAUCAGUACUAGAGAUGGAAGUGGAGCAAAUAAACAAAGGCAAGUAUGAUCACUACAUGCAAAAAGAAAUCCACGAGCAGCCUGAAUCUUUGACUACUACGAUGAGAGGACGGCUUAUACGUGGCGGCGGUUCACGCAAACCCAAAACAGUCCUCUUAGGUGGGUUGAAAGAUCACUUAAAGACCAUAAGACGGAGCAGGCGUAUAGUUUUCAUAGGGUGUGGGACAAGUUACAACGCCGCUCUUGCAUCUAGACCUAUCCUUGAAGAACUCUCUGGUAUACCAGUGAGCAUGGAGAUUGCUAGUGAUCUCUGGGACAGGCAAGGUCCGAUAUACAGAGAGGACACCGCGGUGUUUGUGAGUCAGUCUGGUGAAACCGCAGAUACGUUACUUGCUUUGGAGUAUGCUAGGGAAAACGGUGCGUUAUGUGUCGGCAUCACUAACACCGUUGGGAGCUCCAUAGCUAGAAAAACACACUGUGGUGUCCAUAUUAACGCAGGAGCUGAGAUAGGUGUAGCAAGUACAAAGGCGUACACAAGUCAGAUUGUGGUGAUGGUAAUGCUAGCUCUAGCUAUUGGAAGUGACACAAUCUCCAGCCAAACGAGACGGGAAGCUAUAGUUGAUGGCCUACUUGACUUACCGAAUAAGGUCAGGGAAGUGCUAAAGCUAGACGAGGAAAUGAAGGAUCUAGCGCAGCUGUUGAUAGACGAGCAGUCACUGCUUGUGUUUGGGAGAGGAUACAACUACGCGACAGCAUUAGAAGGAGCGUUGAAAGUAAAAGAAGUGUCGCUUAUGCACAGCGAAGGGAUACUUGCAGGGGAGAUGAAACACGGGCCUUUAGCUUUGGUUGAUGAGAAUCUACCCAUCGCUGUGAUAGCCACUCGGGAUGCUUGUUUCAGCAAACAACAGUCCGUGAUUCAGCAGCUUCACGCACGUAAAGGGAGGUUAAUAGUGAUGUGUUCAAAAGGUGAUGCAGUGUCUGUGAGCUCGAGUGGAUCUUGUAGAGCUAUAGAGGUUCCUCAAGUGGAAGAUUGUUUACAGCCUGUUGUUAAUAUAGUGCCAUUACAGUUAUUGGCUUAUCAUCUGACUGUUUUGAGAGGUCACAAUGUUGAUCAGCCGAGGAAUCUAGCGAAGAGUGUGACCACUCAAUAGAGAGCUUAGUUUGUAUAGACGUAUAGGUAUGCGUUUGGAUGUUCAUGUUAGUCUCGCUAAAGUCAUCGUAUUAUCAUUACUUUUGAGUUCUUUUAAUUUGAAUACAUUUCUCAUUUUUGAAA